CCUUGAUUGCUCACUAUUACUACUAUGAUUGAUACAGAGGAGGCUGAUGUGUACAUCAACAGUCGUAAUGAAUGGUACACUGAUGCUGCCAGCUACUGGGAACAGAUCGAACCUACAGUCCAAGGCAUGCUGGGAGGAUUUGGAUUUCUGACUCAUAUUGAUGCAAAAGGAUCAUCUUCGUUUAUUUCCGAGUUUGUCGCUUCAGACACUGACUCUCCACCAAGGCUCGAUACCAAGAAAGCAUGUGACUGUGGUGCUGGCAUUGGUCGAGUAUCAGAAACGUUUUUAUUAAAGACAUUUGACAGAGUAGACUUGGUGGAGCAAAAUGCACAGUUUUUAAAUACAGCCAAAGCCAAUUUUAAAGAAAAUGGUUUGGACAAUCGUGUGGAUGCAUAUAUCCCUUUAGGACUGCAGGAAUUUUCUCCAGAGGAAGGUCAAUAUGACCUGAUUUGGUGUCAGUGGGUACUUGGACAUCUUAAAGAUGAUGAUCUAGUAAGUUUUUUUCAGCGAUGCAAAAAGGGUCUCAAGCCAAAUGGUAUGAUUGGUGUUAAGGAAAAUAUUGCGCACCAAGGCAUUCUGAUUGACAAAGAGGACAGCAGUAUGACCAGAUGUGAGGAGAUUCUUGUUGAAAUCAUGCAUCGUGCUGGACUCACGAUUGUCAAGCAGGAAACGCAAUCUGGAUUCCCAAAAGAACUGUUUGCUGUUAAAAUGUUUCUGCUCAGCUAAACACGCUAUUGGAUCUCGUCAAGUUUGACUUGAGUUUCUUACCACCGUUUGUCCAGUCUAAAUGGUCCGGUGGUAUAGCUUAGCCAGUAGUUUUAAAUGAAAAUAUACUUUAGAU